UUCAGUGAGUAAAGAUAUUUGUAGGAAGAUCAGUGACACAUGAAUUCGUGUAAGAGUAUUCAAAAUAAUAUAUCGUUGUUUUAAAAAAAUUCGUUCUCUUCAAAAAUGCUACGUAAGGUGUUUCUUAUAAAUGUACUGUGGUGUGUAUUUGUGAUUUGUGAAAUAGAUCCUUUAUCAAAUGACAAUGACUUCAUCAGUGAAAAGGAAAGUGGAGAAACAUUGAAUUUAUCAAAUAUGGGAAUAAUGCAUCUAAAAAAUACGUUUCUCAACAGUUCUACCAUAACACAUCUUGAUUUAUCAAAAAACAAUAUUUGGAAAAUUGAAAAGGGUGUAUUUGACAGUCUGCCAAAUUUGAAGUAUUUAAAUUUAAUGGAAAAUGUAUUUACGUUCACAGCUUUGCUUGCAAAUAAUUUGUCAAAUGUUGAAACUUUAAUUUUAGAUAAAGCAUUAAUUUUAGAUCAAUCUACUCAUCCGAGGUCUUUUAGUGAAAACUCUGCUUAUUAUUAUGAUAAUGAUUACUUACAAUUUCGUGAAUUUCUAAUAAUGCGCUCUUUGCUUAUUUUCUCUUUAUGGUGUCUCUUUGUGCAAGAUAUCAUUGGAGGGAAUUCAUUAGACUUUUCCGGAAUGGGAAUAACAACUCUGAGGAAGCCCUUCAUAAGCGACAAACAUCUGACGGAUUUGAAUCUAUCAUACAACCACAUUUGGAAUGUCUCGAGUGAUGUCUUCGAAGAUUUGCCAAAUUUGGUUUAUUUAAAUCUAAGCCACAAUUUCUUUCCGUUUUCGCAGUUGAAGUUCAAAAACACUUCUGUGCUUGAAACGUUAGUUUUGGACAAAGCUGUAAUUGAAGACUUGGAUUUCGAUGUUACAUACUUCGAAGAAGAAACAUUGAAAGAAGAGUAUAAACGGUUGGGCGAAACCGAAGCUAAGCACAAUUAUGAGUUUGACAUCACAUUCACGCAAGAUUGGACUCUGCCGAAAUUAAAGCACUUGUACCUCCGAGGGCACAAUAUUGAACACAUUGUAUUCGACGGUGUGGAUGCUCUGGAUCUGCUGAUGCCCGAAAUCACUCAUCUUUACUUGUCGAACAACAAGUUGAUUACAUUUGGUUUGGAAAAAACUCUGCCGAUGAGUCUGCAGGAGUUGUACCUGGAAGAUAACAAGCUGACCAAUUUCGAUGCUGAUAACUUGAACAACGUUAAAGUUUUGGCUCUCGAUGGGAACAAAAUCGACAGUUUUUGUGACAUCAAUGAACCGUGUGAAGGAAUUACUUUGAAGCAUUCUUACUCGUUAGAAGUUUUGAGCGUGUCUAGAAUGGGUCUUGAAAAUAUCGCGCCUGAUGCGUUCAAAUUUUUGGUAAAUUUGACAAAGCUAAACCUGUCAGAUAACUUAAUCAGUUCUUUCCCUAAUAACGCUUUGACUGGUUUGUUGAGUUUAAAAACAUUGUUCAUCGACAACAACUUACUCGAUGCUGUUCCAGAAACCAAAGGUCUCAAUCAUUUGGAGAAUCUUUCGUUGUCGAGCAACAUUAUCCCAAAUUUGACCGAAAAUUCCUUUUCUGAUGACUUAAAAAAACUCAAAAGACUGAAUUUGAGCAACAAUAUCAUCACAUCAAUAAGUAGCGGAGCUUUUGAUAAAUUAGGGUCUUUGGAAGAGCUUGAUCUAUCUACAAACAUGCUUUACACUUUGCCAAACGAUUGGAUUCCUAAUAACGUCAAUUUGCAAUAUUUGCACCUUAGGCAAAAUUUAUUCCAGAAUUUUUCGAGUUUGGCUUUGGGACGGGCCGAAAACCUUAAGUAUAUUUUUAUUGGAGGGAAUAGAUUUUUAGCGAUGGAUGUUGGCUCAUUAGCUGAGUUACCGAAAACUGCGGUUAUUGAUUUUGAAGAUACCUCAAGGUCUUAAUCUUUCUUUGAUUAUUGCAAGCUUUUGAGUGGAUAACUAAUUUAUUGACACGAUUAUAAGCGGUAACAAUUUUUUAUUUAAGGACUUGAAAUUAUUUUUUUUUAAAUUGAUUUUGAUUUAAUAAUAAAAAAAAUAUGU